AUGAGAAAUAAUGUGUGUAAUGUUAUUAUGGUCUUUGGGGUUUUUUGUUGUAUGUGGGUAUUUUAUCUUGGCCUCAGCACGACAGAAUGUCCAACUGCUCAUUCUCGGGCGGCACAGCAUGGGUGGGCGGCAAAUCUACAAGCUGGCCGAAACCUAAGCGACCCGUUACAACUCCCCAAGGAGUACAAUGAGGAAACCCCUCUCAUUUUCAUUGGCGGAGUCCCUCGUAGCGGCACCACACUGAUGCGGGCUAUGGUGGACGCCCACCCUCUGGUUCGGUGUGGAGAAGAGACCCGCGUCAUCCCCCGACUAUUAGCCAUGCAGGCCUCAUGGAGUCACUCCGCACGUGAACGUGUCCGUCUGGACGAGGCUGGCGUCACUGAUGAGGUCCUGGAUUCAGCUGUACGUGCCUUCCUGUUGGAGAUCAUAGUGGGGCAUGGCGAGCCCGCUCCGAGGCUCUGCAAUAAGGACCCUUUCACUCUGAAGUCCCUUUCCUACCUCUCCAAGCUCUUCCCAAAAGCGAAGUUUGUUCUUAUGCUCCGCGAUGGCAGGGCCACCGUACAUUCUAUGAUUUCCCGGAAGGUGACUAUCACCGGGUUUGACUUGACGAGUUACCGGGAUUGUUUGGUGAAGUGGAACCGGGCGGUGGAAGUGAUGUAUGACCAGUGCCUGGCUGCAGCGGAUGGCAACUGUCUGCCCGUGCAUUACGAGCAGCUGGUCCUGCACCCUGAGCGGGUGAUGCGCAAGCUCCUUCAGUUCCUGGAUCUGCCGUGGGACACUGCCGUGCUGCACCACGAAAAGCUUAUUGGGAAAGCUGGUGGUGUUUCACUGUCAAAGGUUGGACUGUCGAUGGGUCAUUUUGUGAAGUAUUUGUUUACAGAGGCUCUGUCUAAAUGGGUGGGCAAGAUCCCUGCUGAUGUGCUGAAUGAUAUGGCCAGCCUUGCUCCGAUGUUAAGUCGCUUAGGUUAUGACCCUCUUGCCAACCCACCAAACUACAGAAAGCCUGAUCUCUUAUCUCUGAACAACACAAAAUAGUGAGGUCAAUCCAAAACUGAAAGGUCCUCUCAACCUGUAAAUAUUUUGAAGCAAUAAACAAUGUGCAUUUUAUGAGCACGUAAAGCCUUUACUUGAAUUAACAACUUGUAGUAUUGACAAAACUGAGCCACUUUAAUCAGCAGUUUUGUAGGAAAAGAAACAGCUUAUACAGAACCAUUGUUGCUUGUGGCAACAGUUUAAUACAGUGAUAUAAGGCAUUCUAAAACCUAAUUUUAAUAUUGUAUAGUAAAGUCUUUUUUUUUUCAUUUAGUUUUGUUUUUGUUUU